AGCAGCGGCUCUCACACGUCUCCUCCUCAGCACCGGGAGCAGAGCGCCAGCCCGCAGCGGGUAAUCCCCAUCUCCACCUUCCACUCGUCGUCGUGCCAACCGGAAGGGUUGCUAUAGCUCACCCGAAGGGGACAUGCGUUUGGGAGCGAAUGCAAGUUGCGACCUAGAGAUUCCUCCUCCGUCAGGAGAAGCUUUGGACCGGGACGCAGAUGGAUAUGAUCGCGUGAACAGCUGAAUCCACCAAUGAUAAGCCGACUUUCCAUAACGUGACAGCUGCUGUCGCAUUUUAUCUACUUUUCCAAAAACUACUGAAAGAACGCUCUGCUUGCUGUUUUUUUUUCUUCUUUUUCUUAUUUUGUUGUCGCCUCGGUAUUCCUGCGCCAUGGUGACGUAUCAUCUAAUAUUAACUGUGAUUAUCGCGGCUCUUUGGGGGGUCGGCGGAGAGCCGCGAACGCAUCGCAUCGCUUCACCUGCGACGCGGGAGUCAAAUACAACAUCGCCGUCAGUGGUCGGCGGAGGUGAUGGAGCGCUGCCCCAUAAUGUCACCGACGCCGCCGUGGGCUCCCGGAUUUCAUCUCUAAUGACUCAUCUACCAACUGUGAAAACCAUCGUUAUUUGCGUCUGCGUGCUGACAGCUGCUCUCAUCACGUGCCUGCUCGUCAGAGUAGUCAGAUCCGGCAGACGAAUGAGAAAAACCCGCAAAUACGACAUUAUGACGACACCUGCCGAGCGCGUGGAGAUGGCCCCUCUUAAUGAGGACGACGAUGACGAGGACGACUCGACCCUCUUCGAUGUCAAAUACAGGUGAAUCCCGGCGUGGACGUCAAUAUUUGAUAACUCCUGUUUUCCACGGAAAUUGAUUUCCUGUUUUUUGUGUAGUUCAAGUCUCAUCGGAUCAGAUACUCACACUGCCGAUGUGAUGGCUUUAAUUUGUGUCGAGCCCCCAUGGAGAUCAUUCUUUGCCGCUUUACUGCUGCUUCCAUCGUGUGGCACAUAUUAUACAUGUAUAUGUAUAUAUAGAUAUAUGUAUAUAUAGAGAUAGAUAUAUGUAUAUAUAUAUACAUAUAUAUAUAUAUAUAUAUAUAUAUAUAUAUAUUUUUAUAUAUAGAUAUAUUUAUAUUAAACCAUCGAAUGAUAACAUGCAACACAUAUUACGCAGAGAACACUUUAUUGAAAUGUAAAAAUGUGCACAAUUUGAAAAAUCUAUUGGUAUACAGCAAUUGAUUUUUUUUAAAACUAAAAUUUCAUACCAAAUAUAUUUCUAUCUACUAACCACUUUGCUGUGCAUUUAUACUGUUGAAGAGGGUUGUGUCCUCUCUGUGUGUACGAACUAAGCGUAUACUAUUUUUUACUGUGUUCUAAACGCUCCCGUUUUUCUGUUACGAGCUGUUUUCGGUGUUCAAAUUUGGUUUAAAUAAUUGAUUCAGGAUGUUUGUGAGGUGUUUAUGAAAUACAACCAUUUGCCAUGAAUGUGAACGCUGUAAUCUGUUGUGAUCAAGUGUGCUGAGUCAUGUGACAUUGUUGCUUAAUCAAGCAACGACUGAACAACAUCGACAGCAGUAUUUAACAUGUUCGACGUGCACACUGUGUCUUAUUUUUUUUAUAACAAUCUGGCAUAUCUUGUUUGAGAGAUUGGUGAACAAUAUGUUGAGUAUUAAUGGAAGGUCUCCCACAAUAAUUUCUACCAAAGGCUCACUGAGUCUUAAUGUUUAACUAGAAAUUGACUGAUUUCCCUCCUGAAGAGUUGCUUCAAGCUCUUGUGAAAAAUCAAAAGAAGAAAGUCUCGUUUCAAGUGGCAACACUGGUUUUGACUGGUUUUGACCUCCGUCUGCACCCUGAAUGGAGUUAAAAAGUAAACAAAACGUGUUGCAGAAUACAACUGGAUCAGGUUUCGGCAGUAAAUGGGAGGGAAGGUGUUUAGGUGACUUUAAUUUUUAAUCAAAACCGUUGUUGGAUUGAGUGCACCGUGGCUUAGAGCCGCGUCUGAUUGACCACCAGCCCUCGUUAAAAGAAAACAUUGUAAUUCCCUACUCGUACAACUCCUUUCCAGUUGUUGGAAACAAGGUAAUUGUCAUUCAAAGAAGACUGCGUACAUUUCCUGUCACUGUUGUCAGUAUGAAAGCGACGUUUUUGAUACAAUGAUGUCAUCAGGCUGCCGGCUUUUUCUUGCGCCAUCGGUCAGACUUAAUGACCACUGUUUGUUUCAGUAUUGUGUCAUGUUUCAUUUUGGUUUUUCACUGUAUGUACAGAAAAGUGCAGAUCCUUUGUUGUGCCUCUGCUUUUGUGUGUCACCCAUGUGCAGCUAUGCUUUUCCAUUGUGGAAACAUCUUUUAUUUCAUCUUUACUUGUGACGAGUGAAAUAGUGGAAAAACCGUGCUCGUCUACAGAGGCUGAUUCUAGACUUUUAUUACAACUUAAUCAUUUGCUGCAGACAUUUCCUGUUGUAAAAUACUUGGUAGCUAUUUGAAGGCUGUAGCUAAUUUCCCUAAACCCACAUCUAAACCCAAAAAACGUUUUGGAAGUUUAUUUCCAGAAAACCCUGUCGCUGUUUAUUUUUAAAACAGAUGUUGUGUGUAUCCAUAACGGUUUCCUCGGUUUGCAUUUCGUUGAAAACACUACUGAAAAAAAACAGCCUCCUUUAAAGUUUUAAAUCGUUUUAAAGUUUUGAGGUGUAAUUUGUUUUCCAAUAUGAAUUUCUGUGUCUUCUUAUUCAGAAAUGUACAUCCACACGUUUUACUGUUUCCGUUUUUGCCGAGUUCAGAGCAGCUGUCACAAAUAAACCUUUCAUUGCCUCAGCUUG